ACUAAAUUUUUCCGCUGGUAUGGUGGCUCUAAACAAGUGUAUUGGUAUGGUAACUUUCACAUGUGCUUUUAAAUUUGACGGUGAUUGUUGUGCCUCAAAGUGUGCGAAAAUAAAUUGUGCGAAAUGGACAAGUAGGUAAAGAAAUCAUAUAGAUUUGUGUAUCUCAAAUGCAAUACGCUGGCUGGAAAAAUUUUCCUGGCUGAAGAACGACGACGGGCGUACGACUUGUAUUCCCUGUGGUGGUUUAGUUUUACGCAAUCACAUGACCCACAUCCAAAGACAUUCGACUCAAGCUUCACAUAUGUAUACGUUGCGUAAAAGAAAAAGGAAAACCAACUGAAAAUCGACACAUUUACAAAGGAACGUAGUGACAAUAAUUAUAAGCAGGUGCGCGAUGCCGAGUUGUUAUGUUUUUGGUAAUGCAUAACCUUCUUUUUUUGCUGAUGGACUACUUGCCGGAUUUGCUGCGGGUCUGUUGCCCCGAUUCAAAAAUUGCGAAGGGCGUAAAGUGUGGUCGGAUGUCAGGCAACUGACAUCUCGAAGGAACUUGCUAAAAAGGCAAAGCAGCGGAUAGUGAGUGCGCUAUGAGAAACCAAAUCUUCUUUAAUUGCAAAUAACAGCACGCGCAUUUAAAAAUGGAAAAUUAUCUUAAAUUGCAAGACUUUGAUGAGGAUUUUGACGAAUUGGAGGGAAAAUUAACGGAGUAUAGGCCAUUGCCAAUAUUAAAGAAAUCGCCAUCGGUUUGGGCCUAUCAACGGCAUGGGUGUUUUUGGGAGCGCGAUGUUCCUGGAAGCAACGAAUCUUUUUUUGUAGAACAUUUUGGAAUGAAUAGGGAGGAGUUUGGCAUCCUUGUGGAACGCCUUUGUGGAUUGGCCCAAAAAGACACCGCAUUUGGAAAGGCCAUUCCUCUCGAUAAGCGGGUUGCAAUCACAAUAUAUACCUUAGGAUCUUCUGCGAAUUAUCGGACAGUGGGCACGUUCUUUGGUGUGUCGAAAGCAAUGGUCUGCAAAUUAUUGCUAGAAUUUUUCCAUGAGACCUGUAGAGUAAUGUCAUCCGACUACCUCCCGCAGAACUUCCUCACGCAAACAAAACUGGAGGAAUGUGUUAAAGGCUUUGAAGAAUUUGGCUUCCCACAAUGCGCGAUUGAUGGCUGUCACAUUAAUAUUCAUCCAUGUGCAACUGAUACAGCUGACUAUUUUAAUUACAAAGGCUGGUACUCAACUAUGUAUAUUGUUAGCAAUGGUUGAUGCAAUAUGAAAUUAUUGAGUGAUACUAAUUUUUGCAUUUGUAUAUUGAUGUUAAAUGUAAUUUUAGAUACAGAUUUCUUUAUGAUGAGUCGACACUUUUGAAGAAAAAGUCGCGCAUUAUUUCGGGAGUUGAUGUGCCUGUUGUGGUGAUUGGCGAUUCGGCUUUCAAAUUUUCGAGUCAAGUAAUGAAGCCAUAUGCUUUUUCAACUACUGAGAAUGAAACUAUGAAGGCUUUCAAUUACACUUUAGCCAAAUCGGAAAAGCUUUCGGCCAUUUGAAAGCUCGAUUUCGACGAAUUGGAAAAGGACUCGAUAAUCGUAAUAGUAGUUGUAUUUUGCAUAAUUUCACGAAACGUAAAAACAUUGAUAUUCCGGGAAUUUUGGAGCCAAGCCCCGAUGAACCACAACAGCUCGAGAAAUCAUACGACAUGAAACAAGUGAUUUCGAUAGCGACGCUGAACCAAUUCGAACAGAAAUUUCAUCCUACAUUGCAAACAAUAAAUAAU